CGCCUGGGCAAUCUUACUAGGUGGAGAAACAGAGCAAGUCCCCUUUAAGGCCGAGAGUGACGUCAGCCGGACUCCGUCCGCAGUUUGCUGGGGCUGAUGCUGCCACCGGCCGGGGAAUUCUCUGGCUGUUUAGAUGCGCGCGCGCACAGAGGCUGUUGCUGGUCAGCUGGGCGCAUCUGCUGUGGAUCGCUGCACUUGCUAGUACACAAGCUUCUUCAACUCAGGUUGCUAACUUGCGAAAUAUGGAAGCAUAAGGAUUUAAGGCAAGCCCAGGAGGCUGCAGGGGACUUUUCUGUGCUGGUUCUUUCGGAGUGAGGCGCUGCUGGUGUUGCUGCAGUUGCCUCUCCGCCUGAUUGGAAGUUGUUUCAGUCCAGUUCCUUCGCCAAUGGCUCCGGCUGGCGCCUUCAAGCACCUGAGCCUGGCGCUGGGCGCAGCGGUGGCCGCCCUGGGCUCCCUCCUUUUCAUAGCCUGGAAGAUCUACUUCCGAGACGUCAACGACAGCUGCAUCGGCUGGAGGGGGCGUUGGGAGCAGCAGCUGGAAGCGGAACUGGGGCGCAACGCACCCGGAGGCGAGGAGCCACCUUCCUGUGAGUAUCAGGUUUUGGUCCUUGGUUUGGAUGGGGCUGGAAAAAGCAGCAUUAUCCACUAUAUCUGCAGCACAGAAGCCAAGAUGCACAUAGCACCCACUCAGGGCUUCAACUCAGCACAACUACAGGCCAGUGGGCUCCAGAUGGACCUCCUGGAGGUUGGUGGCAGCCAGAAUCUACGUUCAUACUGGAACCACUACCUCAGCAAAGCCCAUGUCCUAGUGUUUGUAGUGGACUCUGCAGAUGGCCUGCGCCUCCACACUGCCCGACAGGAGCUCCAUGGCCUGCUAGCAGAGGAUCCUCAGUUGCCUCUGAUAGUUCUCGCUAACAAACAGGACAAGAGUGAUGCGCUGAGUGUGGCAGAAUUGCACGAGGAGCUGGCACUGCACACCUUGAAAAAUCAAAGAGAAUUCUUUCUCCUGCCCACAAGUGCUACUGAUGCUGGCCUGGCCACCACAAACAGUGUUCUCCACCUGAAGAACCUGCUGAUCAAACUCCUGGCCUAGGUCUGAAAGUUCUUCAACAUCUCCAGGAUAUUCAAGCCAGGUGGAGCCAACCGUGGCAUCAUUCCUCUUAAGUUUCUUGAGAUCUUAUCCUCAGAGAAACAGGCUUUCCAGGUCCUCAAAAGAAUUUUUAAGGUGUUUACUAAAACCCCUUCUGGAAAGAAGCCUUACCGCCAAUAUGACCAUCGAGACCUUGGCUAAAACAGGGGCAAAAUUAUUGACCGUGGGGGUAAUACAGUAGUCUUGGGGGUGGCUGCUGGGAUCUGCUGAACAGUCCUAGGGAACUGCACUGUCAAUACUUGCACUAAGAACUAUCACUUUGUCUUCAAGACUCAACACAUCAGAUCUAUAGGAAAAGUCUGCCCUGUGCAGGCUGGAAUAUCUCACUGCCCUUUUGGGAAGCUGGGGAUUGACUGUGUCCCUAUGAAAUACUAUUAAAUCCUCACUGCAGUUAGUGGGGAACAGGAUGUAGUCUCAAACUGCCAUGAGGGCUAGUCUGAGAGUGGGUGUUAUAGGGGCAUCUCAGCACAGCAUGUGCAAGCAGCUAUUCUGUUGAGAUGUCCCUGAUGGCUGUUAGGGCUUUAAACGCUACUUAUUAGUGUAAUAAAAUCUAUCAUACCUGAUAAGCAACUUGAUGUCUUAGCUGAUCCCUUUCCAACAUACUAGAUGCCCUUGAAUUACAGCCAUUUCCGUAGCAUGUUGGAACAAUUGUGCUUCUGAGGCACUAGCUCCUUGAGGCAUUUUUACAACCAGUGUACUUGCUCAACUUCCAAAGCAAAGUUAGCCCCCAGUGAAUUACUACUCUUAAUCCCUUUCUGAAGAAAGCAAGAGUUGUGAAUUUCAGUGAAAGGCUGCAGAAGGAACUGGGAAAUUUGAGGUGCCUAAUAUGAAUUGCUGUGCCCAGGCUAAUGAAUCUGCAAAUCCCUUUCUCAGUUUGGUGCUAUGUUUCAUCUCAGUCACCUGACUCAGGACUCAUUCCUAUAUUCCAUAUUCCUCCUGAACUGGAAACUGUACAGUCAGAUAGUGGUGGCUGGGAUAUGCCAAAGGCCGGCCUCAUAGUUUGGGCUGCCCGUGAUGUGGAAGAAGUUGGUCUCGGACAAAAUGCCAAUCUUACCUCUAGAGAAAGGAAUAGUUUUACAUGUUCAGCCAGGCAGUCCUGCAGAGGGACCUUGUGCUUACAAGCACAGAGUUAACCCAGCCCUUGUGUGCUCUUUCUCAAACAGUACACAUGCCAACUUCCUGUUCCCUUUCCUCACAGCAGGAAAACAGCAGUAUUGCUUGAGCUUGGGCUACACACCUUUUGCAAAACCUGACCACCUCUCCUGUACCAUCAAAGAUUAUGGGAAACUUCGUUUGUGCCUGUGGCUCCUAGCCCUAAGUUCCUCUUGCCUGCAUGAAAUGGAUAAUUGGUGACCAACUGUUUACACUAUGACCCCCCUCUGCACUGUAUCAAAUAAACCUUGAGUUGUUUGUCUCAGCUGUAA